CUGCAUUAAAAAUUUAACUCAUCCUUGCGAGAAUUCGUGAAGUUUCCUUGAUAAAUUAAUUUUUUGUGCAAGUGAAUUUUUACCCUACGUGUUUCCUGGCAAAAUGUAGAACGCGGUAGAAAGUUUAGUAGGAAAGUGACUUUGAUAUCCUUUUGAGAUCUCUUCAUAUCUCUGUCUCUAAAAAGGAAUCCACUUGCUGUCAGCUGCAAUUAAUCUACUAUUUGCAGUGGCAUAGCAAAUAAUCCUGACCCAAUUUACUGGUUAGGAUCUAUUUUCAGAAGCAAGGAUGCAAAAGUAUGAGAAAUUAGAAAAAAUUGGUGAAGGUACUUAUGGAACAGUUUUCAAAGCGAAGAACAGGGAAACCUUGGAAAUUGUAGCGCUUAAACGGGUGCGAUUGGAUGAAGACGAUGAGGGAGUUCCAUCAUCUGCUCUCCGAGAGAUUUGUCUGUUGAAGGAACUGAAACACAAAAAUAUAGUCCGGUUGUAUGAUGUUCUACACAGUGAUAAGAAGCUCACCUUAGUGUUUGAGCAUUGCGAUCAAGAUUUAAAAAAAUACUUUGACACCUUGAAUGGAGAAAUUGACCCGGAUAAUGUUAAAAGUCUUAUGUUCCAGUUAUUAAGAGGGCUUGCAUUUUGCCAUAGCCAUAAUGUUCUGCAUCGAGAUUUAAAACCACAAAAUCUUCUGAUAAACAAGAACGGAGAGCUUAAGUUGGCAGAUUUUGGAUUGGCUCGUGCUUUUGGCAUUCCUGUGAGAUGUUACUCUGCAGAAGUUGUAACCUUAUGGUAUCGCCCACCAGAUGUUUUAUUCGGAGCAAAACUCUACACAACCUCAAUCGAUAUGUGGUCUGCUGGCUGUAUAUUUGCAGAGCUAGCAAAUGCUGGACGACCUUUGUUCCCUGGCUCAGAUGUUGAUGACCAACUAAAGAAGAUCUUCAAAUUACUCGGGACACCAACUGAAGAAACAUGGCCAGGGAUUUCUCAACUACCUGACUAUAAACCAUUCCCAAUUUACCUCCCUAAAAUGAGCAUUCAGCAGGUUGUUCCCAAGUUAAAUUCCAAAGGACGAGAGCUGCUGCUUCGCCUGUUAGUUUGUAAUCCAAGUCAAAGAAUUUCAGCCGAGGAAGCAAUGAGUCACUCCUACUUCACAGACAUGAACACAAAUGCCAGAUCAGACAGAGCCUAGAUGGUCUUGGGUUUCAUAUAAAUAUUUUGCGCGAGAGAAGUCUCUUUGAUCUCUGGAUCCAUAUCUAAAAGAUGCCAAUCUGUAAUUUUAUUUUAUCAUUGUCCUUUUUUCAGGUGUAACACCUAACAGGCACCCAUGUUUUAUCAUUAGUCAAGCAAGAUUCGCUGUCAGUGUAAAUGAACUUGCCUCUGGGGUGCACACAAUGUAGGAAUGGUUUGACCUUGCCCGACUCCACUGGUCACUGCUCGUCUUCUGAGACGGAAUAUUUUAUUUCCUUCAGAAAGUCUCAGACCUAAUUUUUUAUUCUAAAGAAAAAUGUGCGGUCCACCACAAGUUAAGGCAUUAAUGUUGACUUUUUAUUUCGAUCGCUGAUUAGUAAUUUGCGUCGUCGAGGAACUGAAGAUAGCUUGAGCCUGCUGUAAAAAAAAGUUCAAUUUGCGCUCAGCUUGAGUUUAGAAUAUUACUUUUCCAACUUAAAAUCGAAUUCAGAGACCAGGUUUUGCAUUUUGUGGUCGGCCGUAGCCAACAAAAUUUGGGGCUGUUUCUUUUUAUUGCUUUUAAAUAAGUAAAGUCAAACCUUAAUAACUGGAAAACCUUCAUAAUCAAAAGAAAGAUUCACUUCCUCAGAACUUAAAUCCCUCCCUUGCCAUAGAGAGCACAGAUUUUACUGUAAUAAAGUCUUUUUUUUUCAAUUUUUACAUCAAUAACUUGAAGUAGGUAGUAUUUUAAGUAACAGUAUGAUGGAAUAGUAUUGGUAUCACACUAUACUCCUAGUAUUUCACCUCUUUUGGAUGAAGGAAUGGUUUUUUAAUCUGAUAAAUUAAGCAGCAGGUUACCUCUUUAACUUAAGGAGAAUAGUUAUUCACUGUUGUAAAGAAAUGUUAUUAGACCUUGGUAGCUCAUUGCUCUUUUAGAGAAGUUUGUCAAAAUUACUACAGUAAGACCUCGAAUUAUCGGAUCGCGACUAAACGGAUUCCGCGAUUUAACGGAUCGAUCCUCCGGUCCCUUCAGCUGGACCGACUAGCGUGAUUUAGCGGAUUCCGCAAUUUAACGGAUUUGGCCUCCGGUCCCGUGAAAUCCGAUAAAUCGAGGUCUUACUGUAACUUCUAUUAUCAUCAGAAUUUAAUACCUAUGCAUUACUUUUAAAAUUGUCCUCAAAGUUUAAAUGCAUUUAGUUAAUUGCUGCAACAAACUAUUCAACUAUGAUCCAGAUUUAGGUGGAAUAAUUCUUAUCUUAUUUUUCAUCAUAACUCCAUAAAAACUCAAAGUGCUGCUAUUGUAAACCCGAAUAACUCAAAACUAUGAUGAGCGUAAAUCUUUGAUAAUAACUCAAUUUUAUUUUUCAUCCCCCUCCACUUUUGAACUUUCGAGCUGUGAUUGUAUGAAUGUACUCCUUCAUUUCAUGUAAUACAUCAUGAUCUGAUUGCAACCUUUGUUUCAACCUCCAAUGAACUAAAACUUAAUUAACGACUUUAUUUUCAUUCCAAGUGUGAAGUUGAUGAAAAGCUACUUGAGGAGUGAUGACUUUUAACAAUGAUCAUAUGAAUAGUUCUUGAUGAUUGUUGUUUUUUUCUUCUUCUUUUUCUUCUUCAUAAAUAUUUUUCUUUUUGUUGUAAUUUGCUGUUCAGUGGUACAUUUUUAAACAAAGCUGCUCCAAGAUCUUGUUUAAAAGCCAAGAAACCUUGCUGCAAAUUAAUGUUUACUCUGUGUCAACGUUUCAAGCAAGGUAAUGCUGGCCUAGACUGAUGCCAUUUUCAAUUGUUUGAUAAACACUCUGCACUCUGUAUGCAUAUUAGGUAUUUUUAGUGUAUUUUCCGAAGGAAAUUCACUAUUUUUUACUAUGGCUGUUAAAAUUAUUUUCAAUGAUAUGUGUUUAGAAUUCAGUGCACUAAAUUGUGAAUGAGAAUGUUUGUAGUAAUGAUGACAAUCUCUUCGAGAUUUGUAAGAAGCAUCUAAUUUUAAAUUUUUUUGUAAUUAUUCUAGUCAUUUUAACAUUAAACACAUUUUUCCAUAUU